AGAUUGUCGAUUUCCGUAUUAUUUAUGUUUACUUAUUUUACGCUAAUGUUUGACAAAGUUCGUGAAAGCAUAUUUCAUGGGGUCAUUGAUCUUCUCGACUCCAUAUCGUUAGAGAGCCUAAAUUUAUAUGAUACAAUAACUAAAAAUUUAAUAACAACAUUAAGGUUACAGUUCUCUAAACCAAAAUGCGGUGAUAAAUUCAUGGUAUGAUUUUAUUUUAAAUUAAAGAAAAAAAUUGCAAAAUCUUAAGUUCUACAUAUUUUUUAUACAAUGGAUAAUCCGGAAACGGGAAUAGAAGAUCCAAAAGAAGUAGCCGAAGGCGAAGAGGCAGCCAAAGAAGCGGUAGAAGGUGAGCAUGUAGAAGGAGAACACGUGGAGGGCGAACACGGUGAGGGAGAACUCGGGGAAGGAGAGCAAGCCGACGGUGAACACGUAGAAGGAGAACAUGUUGAGGGUGAACACGCUGAGGGCGAAAAGGUCGAGGGCGAGCAUGUCAAAGGCGAAGAAAAGGAUAAGCAAUUAGAAGGGGAAGAAUUAACCGGUGAAGAACUCCCGGAUUUAGAAAACAUCGAAGCCGAACAAACUGAAGAAGAAAAACCCCCCGAAGCCGUAGAAGAGCCUCCAGUAGAGGAAGAGGAACAAUAUGUGGAGGAACCUCCGCCCGAUCCAACAGCACCGUACAACCUAACCGACUCGCAAGAAGCGCUGAAGCCAAAGUUUGAGUUGCGGCCAGACCAGUUGGCUGAAGUGGAACAACUAUGGGAGGUUUAUCAAGACUACACACCAGCUUAUUCCGAUCUUGACAAUUAUAUAACUGAAAAAGAACUCGUCUACAUGUUAAAAUGCCUCAUUCUUUUGCCCGUAACUCCUGAACAGCUCCAAGAGCUUAUAGAAUACUGCGUUAGACCUCCUCAUCCUGAAGGUCACAUUAACUUUGAUCAGUUCGUUAAAAUUGUAACUCUUAGGCAACGGUCUAUUGUUAUCGAAGAAGAAUUGCGAUCUGCUUUAAAGGUGUUCGAUAGGGCAAACACCGGGGAAAUUAGUCGAGAUGAGUUAAAAGAAGUACUUUUAAAACAAGGUCAUAAAUUGCCACAAAAACAAUUAGAUAAUCUAAUAAAAGAAGUGGAUUUAAGCAAUGAUGGUACCCUUGGUGUGGAGGACAUUGUAGGCACGAUGUGUAUCGACUUAAACCCGGAAGAUUUAAUAAUGUUAAGAAAUAUCGUUUACCCGCCUGCAGAGAAGCCUAACACCGAAGAAGAUUAAAACAUGAUUCAUACGUACACGUACUAUCAUACUGCCUAUAU